UAGAUUUUAUUAUUACUCAACUUCACCCAAAAAUUGGAAAAGAAAAUAGCAGAGAAAACAGAAAAUGCCACCAAAGAAAAGACAAGCAAAUGAUAAUGCAAAUAAUCAACCAACAAACAAUGAUACAAAUGCUGCCAAUGAGUUUGAUAUAGAGUUGUCCUGGUGUAUAAUUAAGACAAUCAAUCAGAGUUUUCAAAUGAAACCAUUUACACAAUUCAAGGGAAGUAACUCUGUAUUUAAUUUACAGGAUAUAAAUGCAGACAACGAGUUUGAUAUAGAGUUGUCCUGGUGUAUCAGACAACUGGAGCUGGGAUUAUGCAACCAGAAACCAGAUUCCAGACAAGCGGCAGAAGCCAUUAAAGUUUUAAAGAUCCUGAGAAGUGACAAGUCACCUUUAGUGAAGAAAAGACAAGCCAUGAGAAAUACAUUUGGUGACUACAGACAGAAAAUUAAAGAGGAAGAAAAAAAGAAUGCAACAAAAAUGAAGAAGUUAAAGGUCACACCAGUAUCAACAGAAUCCAAUAAAUCGGUUUUCUACAAAAAGUCAUUGAAGAAAGCUAACCAAUCGUAUGUGACAAUGAUGGCUUCAAUAAAUGUGAAUGAUGAGAAAUCACAGGUGGAUACAACUAGGCUAAUGUUAGACAAUACAGAAGGGGAACCUGGUGGUUUUAAAUUUGGGUUUACACAACCUUCAUCAUGUGAAUCUAUUAGUACACAAGACAAUGCAAUAUGUAAUGGUGAUAAAGUAAACAUUGAUGUCACAUGUCUGUCACAUGACCCAUCAGAUAUUGAGCCUGCUAAAUGUGCUGUAAAGGAAGAUAGUAACCUUAAUCAUGUGAAUAAAUUUGUCAUGCAAAAGUCUGAUAACAAUUUUCAGUUUAACUUUGAUAUUCCACCAUGAAUAAAGUAUUAUUGACAAUGCA